AUGCCUUCUAUUCGAGCCUCAAUCGUUGCUACCCUUGCCGUCCUGGCUCCCGCUACCCUCAGCCGCGCGACUCCGCUUACGGGCCAACUGAAUCUCGAUACGAUUCCCGAGGAAGUUUCUUACUUCUAUAAAGAGCAGAACGUCCCCCUGAGCCUCUUUACUGAAAGAUAUGACUCGAACUUCGACUUCCGCACCCGUCAGCUAAGCUGCGGUCAGGAUCGCCUAGGCGAUUGCCCGCCGCUGCAAUCCUUCUGCUACCAGCCGAUGAAGAGAUGUAUGGUCAAAGGAAUCAUUGGAAUGAAGUGCAAUUCCAACGACAGCUGUUUUUCUGGUCUCUGUGGCCAAGAUGGUCUCUGUGAACGGCCUAAAGGCCAAUUCGGGACUCUCUGCACGGAGCAGAGCGACUGCAACUCCGAUCUCGUCUGUCGAAUCAGUCGUUUCGACCCAGACAGCACAAGAUGUCUCGAUAAACGAGCACGAGGUGUCGGUGAUGUGUGCAAGAAUGAUAAUGAUUGCGAUCGUCCACUCACUUGUAAAGAGACGAAGCUGCCUGAUGGGCGUAGUAUCUGCACUCUGGCAAGGGAAGAUUCUCAGAAGUGCAUGAAUGCCGGAAUGCUCUGUGGCUCUGGUAGUCAGUGCUGCUCUGGAAGGUGCAUGCUCUCAGGAAUCAUGCCUUCAUGCGCUUAA